CAGAAACGCAUCGCCGUCGGACGGAGAAAGUAGAGCGGACGGUGAUGUUUCUUGUUUCGUCGUCAACAGUCUCGUCGCAUUGAUUUAGCCAGCGUUCACCGUGGACGGCAGCCGCUCUUCACUUUUCUUCUCUUUCACUCUGUUCGACGGAUUAAAAUGACUCACGGAACCGGUACCGGAGGGGAAAUGAUCGGCGAGGUUUCGGCCGCUGCGAGUUUCGUGUGCAGACUACUGCGCAGCCGCGGACACCUGAGUGACGUACAGCUGCAUGUUUUCAGAGACGGUCUCGCGCAGGCGCUGGGAGAACACUACGAGCAUCACUGGUUCCCCGACAGGCCACAGAAGGGUUCCGGUUACCGCUGCAUUCGCAUCAACCACGAAAUGGACCCUCUGAUUGGCCGCGCGGCCGGCCACAUCGGACUGACGGCUGCACAGCUCUUUGCUCUUCUGCCGCGGGAGCUCACGCUCUGGGUGGACCCUUACGAAGUCUCGUACCGCAUCGGCGAGGACGGUUCCAUCUGUGUACUGUACGAGACCGAGCCGCCCGUCGCAAGCCCCGCCCCCAGCCACAGAGGACCCUCCGCUUACGACCAAGCCACGAACUGCAAAAACAGCUUCAUGGGUGGCCGCAGGAGUCCACCCAAAAACUACCUGAUGACUGUGUCCAGCUGAGUGCCGCUGGUGUUGCUGAUCGGCCCGCUGCUGCUUCGACGGUGAACUUCUCACGUGACUUCAUUUCUUGACAUUUCAGAGCUGACUCCGAACCGUUUUUAUUUAAGAAGUCUAAGCACUGGUUGUUAUGUGUCUGGACUCUGAUUCUACACCUCCGAGCACUGUUCUGUGUGACCGUUUUACCCUGAAACAGGUUUUCUGGUGCUAGCACACGGUUUCAGUGCGUAAAUACCUCUCACAAGAAUGUAAAGCAAUUAAAGCUGGAAAUACACUUGACACAAGUACAACGACAAUUGUGUGUGACUGUUUCUGUAAAUGCAUUAUAGAUCUUAUUUUUACAUUUUGUACAUUGGAGCACCAUAAUCCGUUCUGCCUUAAGCACCCACGCCCGUCUCUUUGUCUUAUUGUGCAAUAUUCAGGCGUUACGCCUCCUGUGAUGUCAUGAAAUGAGUCGUCUGUGGAAAGCUUUACUGCCGGUGUCUCUGUGAGGAUGAGUUGUUUUCUCCCAGAAUGCUUUGCUUGUGGUCUGCUGGCUGGUUAGUAUCAGUGCCAGUAAAGUCUGUUGCACAUCACACACGGGCUGCUGAGCAGCUUGUUCUAGACGGAGAGUUAAUGUAGUUUGUAAGCUAUUUGAAGCUUUUAUUGUACAUUUUUGUUUUUUAAGAAAUGAAUUUUCGUGCAGAUGAAUAGCUGUACAGUCAGUUUUUAUUAUAAUAAACAUUUUAUGAAUGAAA